AUUUCAAGGCUUUGGGAUCCUCUGUAACACAGGUUCAAGAGUUAAUUAAGAAACCAUUUUGGGUCUACUCUGAGUAGGGUUGCUCACAUGGCGGAUGAUCAAGGAACAGCUGACAAACCACCAGAAGCAAAUUUGUCGAAUACCUUGAAAAAACAGGAAACUCAUGAUGAAAUGCUAUCUAGUCACAGGAAAGAGAUUUCUGAUCUGCAGAAGAAGGAAAUUGAAAUGAAGAAGGCAGCAGCAAAGGGUAGCAAGGCUGAGCAGAAAGCUAAAAAGAAGCAGCUGGGGUUUCUGUUGCCAACCAGCCUGACCAUUCAAAGCCCAGCAAGGAGUGCAAAGAGACGAGCGAAAAGAGCUCAGCAAGAAGCUGCAAGAGAGCAAAGAAUUCAAGAAGAGCAGAACAACAUUGUGAGUGAGAGAAUGAUUGAAGAUGAAAAACUGGUGAAAAAACUUGAACCCUUUGGAUUGACCAUUAACGAAAUAAAGCCAGAUGGACACUGCCUCUACCGAGCUGUUGAAGAUCAGCUGACUCUUCUGUCAGGAGGUUCUUCUCUUUAUACACACCAGCAAGAGCUGCGUGAAAUGGUUGCUGGUUAUAUGAGGAAACACAUGUCUGAUUUCCUCCCCUUUUUCUUGUCUGAGAAUAUGAAACACGAAAAUGCUGACAACUCACCAGCAGAGAGAUUCGAGAAUUAUUGUAAAGAGGUGGAGUCAACAGCUGCGUGGGGAGGACAGUUAGAGCUUGGAGCUUAAACUCACUGCCUGAGAAAGCAUAUUAUGAUAUUUUCAGGAUCUUACCCUGAUGUGGAGAUGGGAAAGGAAUGCAAAGCUGAAACAGGUUCUGAUUCAUUGAAAGGCUUCAUUAUGUUAUCAUACCAUAGGCAUGCCUUUGGGCUCGGCGAGCACUAUAAUUCUGUGGUCCCAAAUGUGAUCGGAUAGGUAAUUUCAAA